GACACUCACAUCGCUAAGGUCUGCAGUUAGGGGCGUGGGCAGGUGGCUGCAGGUGUGCAGUCCGGCUCAGGUUGGACGUGACCUACCAACAAGGCUUGCAAACAUCAUCCAAACACAUUCUUGCAGCAAUAAAACAGCACGAGGGACUAAAAAUGUCUCCCAGUCCCAGGAGUCCUUCCUCCAUCUUUACUUACAGUCUAUGCUUUGAAUCAGCACACUGUAACUUUGUCCAAACCUGCAGUCACACAUGAAUGAAAACUGUCACGCACCUAUUUUACAUCCUCUCUGAGCAACAGCCACGCGCCUGUGUGGAGUCAGCUGGGUCCUUCAGCGCCCGCUAACCAGCAGAGCGUCCUGCAGCGGGGGACGCAGACCCCUCUGAAACACAUGAGCCCCUGAAAACAUCUAAAAAUCAGAUGUUUUCCAUCUCCAGCCCUCCGCCCAGCGGGGACCUGUAAAGCCCACAGAAUUACAUCAGAGGGAAACAGAGGAGGAAGAGAGGAGAGAGGGAGGAAAAAUUCUUCAAGUAUGAGAAAAUUUUACUGCACUCCUCCUCCCCUCCUCUCUCUCUCCGUCCAUCACCCUCCUCGUCCUCCUCCUGCCGGUCAGUCAGCGAGAGAGCCGGACUGAGACGAGACUUCAGCACCGCUGAGGGAAACUCCUCACCUCUGAGCAGUGGGAAAACCCAUGGAGAGCAAAGGCGAGAGGAAAAAAUCCAUCACCUCUGUGACUGAAGCGAAGUGAGAGCAGGUCCAGAUCUGCAGACUCUUUCCAACUGAGUCCUGGAAGCAACCGGCUCCGCUGUUACCGGCAAACGUCCGUCAGCAUCGAUUUCCCGAGCGGUCCGGCAUCUUUCUCCUCAAACACCCAGGGAAGUCUUCUCCUGGUGCCACCCUGGCGAUGCUUCCUUUCAUCCCCUGCCUCCUCCUCUUCCUCCUCCUGGCCGGCCCAGCCCUCCUGACCCCGUCGACCUCCAAAGAGCUACAGUUAAGGGGUCAACGGACACCAAGGGACACCAAGCAGGACUCCUUCAAGGUGGUCAUCUCAGAGGGCUGUGCCACUCAGGGUGAUGCAUCUGAUGGGAGUACAGGAGGUAAAGAAAUUGACCUGGUGCCUGGUUCUCCUCUGGUUCUGACCCAUAAGAUCAAACUGGUUCCCUCAGAUUCGGCGUCUGGGUCUGGAUCUUGUGGAUGCGACGCCGACUUUGCUCCGCUGCGAGAGCGGCUGGAGAGGCUGGAGAGGGAGGUGUCAGCCCUCCGGGAGACGUGUGGAGGGGCUGAAGGAAACUGCUGCAGCUCAAACGAAAGCAAAGGUGCAGGAUGCUCCAUCAAACCAGAGACCAAGGAGUGCCCCAGUGAGUGCAGUGAUCAGGGUCGCUGCGAGGAUGGCAAGUGUGUCUGCUUUCCUGGAUUCAGCGGGCCGGACUGCAGCCAGUCCAACUGUCCCGGGGACUGCAGCAACAACGGGAAGUGCGUGAAUGUUCAAUGCGUGUGCGAUCCUGGUUUCACCGGUCCUGACUGCUCCCUGAAAGCCUGCCCUGAUAACUGCAACAAUCACGGCAGGUGCGAGAAAGGCAAAUGUGUGUGCAACAGUGGUUUCACAGGUCCCAGCUGCUCCGAUGAAUCCUGUCCCGGAAACUGCAAAAAAAGAGGGGUCUGUGUUAACGGACAGUGCGUGUGCAAUCCUGGUUUCACCGGUCAUGACUGCUCCCUGAGAUCCUGCCCCGAUAACUGCAACAAUCAAGGCAGGUGUGUGAACGGCAAGUGUGUGUGCAACAGUGGCUUCACAGGUCCCAGCUGCCUCAACAAAUCCUGCCCCAGCAACUGCAACAGGAGGGGGCGCUGCAUUAACGGGCAGUGUGUGUGUAAUCCUGGAUUCGCUGGGCCAGACUGUUUAAAGAGGACAUGCCCAGACAACUGCAAUGACCGUGGGAGGUGUGUUAACGGUAAAUGUGUCUGCAACAGUGGCUUCACCGGUGCAGAUUGCUCUGAGGCAGUCUGUCCUGAAAACUGCAACAACAGGGGGCGCUGUGUGAAUGGACAAUGUGUUUGUGAUGAUGGAUUCACUGGCGAGGAUUGCUCUGAAAGAACAUGCCCAAAUGACUGCAACGACCGUGGCAGGUGUGUUAAUGGUAAAUGCAUAUGUGACAGUGGAUUCACAGGUGACGACUGCUCUGAAAACACCUGCCCCAACAGCUGCAACAACAGGGGGCGCUGUGUUAAUGGACAGUGUGUCUGUGAUGAUGGAUUCACUGGUGCAGACUGCAGUGCUAAAAGCUGCCCCAACAGCUGCAACAACAGGGGGCGCUGUGUUAACGGACAAUGUGUCUGUGAUGAUGGAUUCACUGGCGAGGAUUUCAUGUCUGGUGUUUCCCGGCUGAGCACUCAGGACAUCACAGACACGUCAGUCGCUUUGGUUUGGACUCCGCCUCCUGUCCAGUAUGAGACCUACUACAUCACCUUCAGCAGCCAGAAGGAGAGCGACCAGCAGAUAACUGCGCAGGUGGAAGGCGGCCUGACCACCUACACCCAGACGGGCCUGGCGGCCGGUCAGGAUUACAGAGUCGGCAUCGUGGGAGAGAUCGACGGCAGGAGAGGAGGCGAGAGCACCGCUGAAUUCAUGACACUCAUUUCUGGUCCCACCAACCUCAGAGUUGUCAAGAUGUCGUCCACAUCUGCGGUAGUCCAAUGGGAGCCGACAGUGGGGGAGAUUGACAGGUACCGUCUCACCGUAACGCCAAAUGAUGGAGCGGGGAGGAGUCAAGAAAUGACCAUCCCAGCUGACCAGAACUCCGCACAGAUCCAGCGGCUGGAGGCCGGGCGUUUGUAUGACAUCCUGCUCGUGGCAGAGAAAGACACGAGCAGGAGCGCUCCAGAGACCACCCAGGUAGUCCCCGGAACGAUAUUACCAAGAUUUCCCACGGCAGCUUCCCCUCCAUAUAUUUCCAAAGAGUCCACUUUGACUACCCAGGCCUCCCUAGCACCUAACCAAGAUGUUAGCAGCAUACACCAAGACUUGAACCCAUCAGCCGAGGGACAAAUAUUUGACCAGCGUGAGAAGACAGAAGAUGUGAGCAAGGACAAAGACUCCUCAACUCCUAUAAUAAUUGCCAGAACUAAACCUCUGGUCAAUAAAAUGUUUUCAAUAAAUGGCACCAGCCCCAAACCCAUCGGAAAGUCCAUAUUGCCAAGGAAGCAACCGCAUUUCAAUGCAACAAGAGUUGUGCCCAGAAGGAGACCUUUUAAAAAAGUCUUGGAGAAGAAAAACCUUAAACCAGGUGUCCCCAUCAUCAGACAGUCUGUGUCAGACCCAAGUAUAGAGGCAUCCAGCUCUGACAGAGUUGAUAAAAAUAAAGCUAUGCUGCCUGGAACAGAUUCAGAAACAAAGAUCCAAAGUAGCUCAGAGGAAUCAGCGGCUGCUGCUGACUUAAAAGGGCCACCGCAUGUUGGCAUUGCAGGCCAUGGAAAUGACACUGGUCUCGUUUCUCCAGAACCAAGUGGGACCGUUCAAAGCCAAGAGAAGAAAUGUCUAAAUAAAAUCAAAGUGACACAUUCGAGACUCCCCUUAAAAGAUAGAGGCAAUGGGUGUAGGGGGGCUGAGCAUGCUGGCAUGGUAGAGAAAAGUCCAGACCUGGGUUCACCGCCUUCUGCAGAGCCAGACCUUGAUUAUAAACCAGAUCCUUUACAUAAACUUUUGAAAGACACUUUUGAUAGUAUGAACAUCUCAACAUUUUCUGUUCACCUGUCAAAAUCAUCAAACCUCUCAGUCAAUGCAGACAUAAUUGGGAAACAGAUUUUGAGAGGACUGAAGCCACUGCCAUCGCUCUCAUCCUCUUCAACAUCCUCAGAGUCACAAUCAUCAUCGCAUUCAUCAGCCUCAAGGACAUCACACUCUCCAGCUGCACCACCAUCACCUUUAUCCUCACCAUCCCCACCUUCACCUGGUUCCGAUGGAUCAACGGCAGGUUCAUCGUCCUCGCAAAUGUCUUUAAUUCCAUCAUCACCUUCAUCUUUACUGUCACCACCUCCAUCCACAUCAUUGUCCCUUCCAACAACAUCAUCAUCCCCUUCCAGAUCUGAUAAAUUUGAUUCACAUUCAAGCAAUGAGCUAAGUGAAAGCAGCAGAAGUAUCUCUGCGCCUGCACCACCCACAGAUAGAAAACCACCACCAGAAGGUGGGGUACCUCGAAUGAACACUCCUAAAUAUGGAAUCAGACGCCGUCCAUAUGCAAAGUUUGGACCUUUUCAGAACAAAACCCAUAUAAAUUCUAGAUUCCGUCUCCCCUCCCAUCGUAUGAACCUUAGUCCUGAAAUGACAGCAGAGAACAAACAUCGGCCGACGAGCGAACUGUUGUCUUUACCAUCUAUAUCUGCUUCUGAGGAAUCAUCCUCUGUUAAGGCAAGUGUACCAGUGAAGGAUACAACUGGGUUAAAAAAUGGGACAGGUACACCUGACUUAUCUGGAGUCGAGCAAAACCAAAAAAAUGUGCAGAUAGAAAGACAAAGGAUAGCAAAUCGCUGUCCUCCAUUCAAGAAUUGCCGUUUUCUAAAAGGGGGACCUUUUCAGAAUCAAACUCGUCGUAUUGGACCUUUGAACCGUGAAACAGAGCCACGCAAAGAGCAGGUGGUUUCCAAUGAGUUAACAGCUACGUCAGCCCCUUCUCUUCCCAAAGGGCCUGUGAGAGAUGCAGAUGAUGGUGGACUUGGGACAAGAAUCUCCUCCACAAGUUCAGCCACUGAGUUUAAUCGGACACUCAGAGGAAGAGGAAUGUCUUCCUUCCAUCGCCCAAAUACCAAACUGGGCUAUAUCUCUCGCCAACUAUAUGCAAGACGUUUAAAAAACGGAACCCAAAGAGUACCUCAACGUCCGUAUAACUAUCCUCCUCACAAGUAUUUCCCAAACAAAGAGGUAAAUGCAGGCAGCACUGGAAAUCAAACUGGCCAACUGGGAAGCAUAUUAACUCGCCAGAAUGUCCGACACCCUACGCAUCAAAUUCCAAUUAGAGAAGGAAAUCAAGAUACUGCAGCUGACCAGAUAGAUGGUCAAACCAAUGUCCGAUCACAGACUGAGAAUCUAGGAACUGGAGACAGAGCUGUGGGGAGAGAAGAAGAUAUUAGCAGUACUGAUUCAAAGCUGCAAGAAAUAAAUGACAACGGAAAUCCUGGCAAAAGCAAUGGGACUGGAAUUCAAGGCAGACCAACAAAACAACAUUUCCCAAAUUCAAGACCCUCCAGCUCAGUCACAUUUCCAAUAAGACAACCAGCAGCAAAAACUGUUCCAGCACAGCAUCACACCCACAUUAGACACUACACCGGGGGUAGCCAAAAGAGUGAGAACCCACAAACAUUUGAAAGUAAAACUAAGCAGACAAAUCCUACGUCAGAUCUUUCUUCGUCUGGAGUCUUAAGGGAACCUUUGGACUUUGUGGAAGUCAUAAACCAGACCACUGAUGGAUUCACAUUGAUAUGGGACUCACCUGAAGGCAAGUACAAAAACUUUGUUGUGACGAGAAAAGACGGAAAAGAGGAGGACACAGAGCCAAAAGAAAAAGAGCAUGACUACCACGAUUCUGGCAAAGAGGGAGGCAGGGAAGAAGAGAAGACGAAUCACACGCCUAACAGGGACACCAUUUCCCAAAAUGUAGGUAGUGAAGAUGAGAACAGAGUGCCUGGAAGCCUUGUAACUCAUGCCCCAAAAAUCCAAAGCAAAACAAUAGUAAAACCAACAGAAAAUGAAAAAACCUUCAAAAAAGUCCUUCCUGGUUCAGCUCGGUCCUUCCGGUUUGAGGAUCUGCCCCCACAGCCCGAGUACACCUUGACCUUACUGGGAAAGGGCCCUGGCGUUCUGUCCAGACUGCACAAGCUUGUCAUCAGUACAGGACCCGAGCCUCCCUCUAACAUAGUCUUCAGUAAGGUGACGGAAAACUCUGUGACGGUGUCGUGGACCAAACCAAAGAGUCCCGUCAGCGGUUUCAAAGUCACAUAUACCCAUGCAGAGGAUGGCGAGCCGGUGUCGGUGUCUCUGGACUCAAAGGACUCCACUGUGGGUUUAUCCAAGCUCUCACCUGGUUCUUCUUACGAGGUCACCGUCAUCUCCACCCUCGGACUGGACGAGAGCGAUCCAGUGAAAGACUUUGUCAUGACGCUGCCCGACCCGCCGACACACCUGCGUGCCGUAAACGUCACCGACUCCACCGCCUUGUUAUUGUGGCGUCCAGCGCUGGCAGCCGUUGAUAAGUAUUCCAUCGUGUACGGCGCGGGCACAGGUUCAGAGGUGAAGGUCACGGUGUCCGGAAACGCAGCCGAGCAGCAGCUCAGCGGCCUGGAGGGAUCCACCACCUACACCGUCACUGUAACCAGCCAGCUGGGCAGCCGGGAGAGCUCGCCGGCCACCACCAGCUUCACCACCACCGGCGGCUCGGGGAAAGUUGGGGAAGGCCCACAAGACCUCCAGGCGAGCAACGUGACUCCACGCACUGCCACGUUGUCAUGGAAACCUCCAUCAAAGCCCGUUGGUAACUACAGACUGAGCUAUCAGGCUAAAGACAAAGAAAUGAAGGAGGUCAUUGUGGACGGCUCGUUAACGCAGUACAACCUGACUGGACUCCAUCCUGGAUCCACGUAUACGCUGCAGCUCCAGGCCGAAGGAGGAGGACAGUACACGUCCGCCAUCUCCACAGAAUUCACCACCGGUACCCUGCGGUACCCGUUCCCCACUGACUGCUCUCAGGAGCUGCUGAACGGCAUCGUGACUUCAGGCGAGGCAGAGAUUUUCCCUCAAGGCAGACACGGGACGCCAGUGACAGUUUCCUGCGACAUGGAGACAGACGGUGGCGGCUGGACGGUCUUCCAGCGGAGGAAGGAUGGCUCCGAGAAUUUUUUCAGACGCUGGAACGAGUACGUGGAAGGAUUCGGGGACGUGAAUGGAGAGUUUUGGCUCGGACUCGCGAGUAUCCACAACCUCACAGCGAUGAGCAGGAUGAGCCUGCGGGUCGACCUGCGAGACGGCGACGAGUCGGUGUUCGCUCAGUACUCGACGUUCGAGGUGGCCAAGAGGAACUACAAACUGACUGUGGGAGGAUACAGCGGCACCGCAGGUGACUCUCUCAGUUACCACAACAACCGGAUCUUUUCCACCAAAGACCGGGACCUGGCGCCCUUCAUCACCCGCUGCGCCAUGUCUUAUCGAGGAGGCUGGUGGUACAAGAACUGCCACGAGGCAAACCUCAACGGCCUCUACGGCAUCAACACCAAACACCAGGGGGUGAUCUGGACCGCCUGGAAAGGAAAAGACUUUUCUGUCCCGUUCACUGAGAUGAAGCUGAGACCGGCAGCCUUCAGGCCUCCGUCCCGAGGAUGAGCGAGAGAGAGGCUGAUGAUGAUGAUGACGAUGAACUGCUAAACACACAUGCUCAGUGUGUUACAUGUGUGAACGCACACAUUGAAACGGGGAGCUCGGGCUCCUGUUAGAAGAUUUGUAUAGAGUCAGUUAUCAGUAUGUUACUGCAGAUUGUACAGGUUCCUCCUUUUCGCCAGUAUUUUAAAGCGGGGCGUCUUCCUCCAUAUUUAAAGGCUCAGUUCACACAAAUUAUAUCACGGCUGGGUCCAGUUAGACAGUUCUGGUUUCACAUGCAGAUGCUCUGAGAGAUCAGAAGUCUCAAACUAGAGGCCCUCGUGGCUCCUGAUCCAAAGCAGACUGUGAGGCUUUCAGACCAAAUAAAAGUCACACAAGAUAAAAAAACAACUCAAAACCCUCUUAGAAAGAUUACUGGUACCAGUGAGUGCUCGGCUCAGUCAGAUCUGAUGGAUAUGAGCGACACACAGGCCAGAAACGCAGCCCACACGUCACUCCCUGGUUUUUCCAUCACUGUGUGCCUCAAAUUUGAAAAAUAAAUAAGAACAAAAACAUUUUCAAGGACAAAAUGAU